UCGGAGCAGCGCAGCCUUCCUAGCUCUCCCGGGGAGCGUCUUUGAGCGUCUCUGAUCUCCUCGAGGGUGAGUGUGUUUUUUCUUCUUCUGCUUGGCGGAGAGAGCUGCGCCAGAUUCAUAGAAACUUUGUUAAGAAAUUAUCAGUGUGAUGUGCCAGAACUGAACGAUGAUGAAUAACAAUAGUUUUGAGAUACUGCAUUCGGCCUACUUUGCUGUAGAAUACAUUGACUCUUUCCUGCCUGAGAAUCCAGUACAGCAACCACUUAAAAAUGCUUGGAACUAUAUGCUGGACAAUUACACUAAAUUCCAGAUUGCGACUUGGGGUUCACUUCUUGCUCAUGAGCUUUUAUAUUUUUUAAUAUGCUUACCUGGCUUUGUAUUUCAGUUUAUACCUUAUAUGCAAAAAUAUAAAAUACAGAAGGAUAAACCAGAAACAUGGACAGGACAAUGGAAAUGUUUCAGAACACUUUUGUUCAAUCAUUUUUUUAUUCAGCUGCCUCUCAUAUGUGGUACCUUUUAUUUCACAGAAUAUUUUAAUAUUCCUUAUGACUGGGAAAGGAUGCCAAGAUGGUUUGAGAUACUUGCUCGCUGUUUUGGAUGUGCUGUGAUUGAAGAUGCCUGGCAUUAUUUCGUGCAUCGACUACUUCAUCAUAAGAGAUUGUAUAAAUACAUCCACAAAGUACAUCAUGAAUUUAUUGCACCAUUUGGGAUGCAAGCUGAGUAUGCACAUCCUUUAGAAACUGUAGUCCUUGGAGCUGGAUUCUUCAUUGGAAUAAUUAUCUUAUGCAAUCACCUAAUUUUGCUAUGGGCAUGGUUAAUUUGUCGUUUGAUAGAAACCAUUGAUGUUCACAGUGGCUAUGAUAUUCCUCUGAAUCCUUUACAUUUGCUGCCCUUUUAUGCUGGGUCUCGCUUUCAUGACUUCCAUCAUAUGAACUUCAUUGGAAACUACGCUUCAACCUUCACAUGGUGGGAUAAAUUAUUUGGAACUGAUUCACAAUACACUUCUUACAAAGACAACAUGAAGAAACAGAAAGACACAGUGGAAAAAAAGAUGGAAUAAAUUUCCCAUUUGCGACACUCUUUGGAGCACCAAAGAGGGAAGAGGCCUCCUAUUUUUGCUUAAAACUAGAAAACUUAACAAGUAUUGCAAUUGAAAGCAAAAUGUGGCUUUUAACAAACAAACCAAGUUUAGGUUUGCAGCAAGAAAAACAUUCACUGAUUCAGUUUCCAAAUGAUUGCGCUUUUUCUUAUAGAUAUCUCAAACAAAUGCAGUGUAUAUUUAAAAAAAUGUUAAAUAUGAACAAACGAUUGAAAUUAUGUAAAAAAGAUAUACAUUAAAAUAAGAGAGGUUUUUUUGCAUUAACGGGAAUCCUAAAGUUUAGAAAGAACAGCUAUAUUGAAUUCACCAAUUAAAAGUUUGCAGGAAUCCUCUUUCCCAAUUAGGUGUAAAAAAAAGAUUUAAGAAACCAUCUUAAUUUCCAAAAAAAUCUUUUUACUUCGUUUUUAAUUACUUUUAUUGUAAUCUGUAUUACACAUAACUGUAAAUUGAUAAUUUGAUUAUUAAGCUAAUUUGUCUUAAAAUAGCUGUGGUUGAUUUCUUUGUCAUUUUUCUGUACAGCAAAUAAAAAUAAUAUGUGGGUUCAGGCUA